AUGUGCCCAAGAUUUAGUGUUAUUCAUGAAAUUAUUGGUCACAAAGCAAAUGUCAGUCCGCAUGUGAUCCUUGAUACAGCACGAUCAAAUAAGCUUUCAAUCUCUGCUCUGGAUCCUCCAGAUGAAAUUGAAAAUCCAAUGAUUGAUCCAAUGUUGGAUACUCAGUUUCAUUAUGACCCAAAAGACUUUGAAAUCCCGCCUGAAUACCAUCAUGAACCUCUCUCACCUUGCCAAGCUCCACCUCCUACUCGAAAUACUGUCAACUUCAACUUGAAGGACAACAAUGAUGAUAUAGAUUUAUCACAGGGUUCAGCCAAUGAGGAUGGAGCUCAAUUGAUCAGAAAGGCUACCAGGACACCCACAAAGAGCAAGCAAGGCGCUGAAACAAUUGCAAAUAGACCAAUGAAACCCUUACCUUCUGUUGAUGCUAAUCCAGGCCGUAACAAGGCACCAAUAGCUGCAAUGGUCAAUGGUCGCGAUGAAAAACUUUUCAGAUAUUUUGAUAGAAAGACAGAGGAAAAAAAGAAAUCUGGGAGCAAUCUAAUUAAAUCUCAAUCAAAGAUAGCUGAAGACACUUUGACCUGGGACAAACAAAAGUAUCAAACCGAACGGGAAGCGGCUGAGAAAGCAGAGACCUUAAAAUCUCAGAUUGCAAGUGAGUUGGCUGAUAAGAAUAUUAACUGGGAAAGGGAGAAGCUGGACAAGGAAGAUGCAAGAUUGAUUAAAGUUGAAGAGGCUUGA